AUGAUUGCGGAGAGAGACGCCUCGCCCCCACGGCAGUUGCCGGACGCCGAACCGGAAGAGCUGUACGGCGAAGAGGUGGGCCUGGAGGAGGAGGCCUUUGCUUGGUAUAAUCCCGACAAGUGGUACCCGGUCCAAAUCGGACAGGUCUUUGCGUCGCGCUACCAAGUGUUGCUAAAGUUGGGAUUCGGCUCUGCGUCGACGGUAUGGCUGUGUCGUGAUCUUGAGAAGCAUGUCUAUAUGACUUUGAAGGUCUAUGAAACCGGACAUCGCCAGGCACUUAAUGAGGAAAGAGUCUUGCGUCACUUGGAUGGCGUCGAGUCUGAGCACCCAGGUCAAAAGCUAUUACGUUCCAUCAAAGACAGUUUCGAGCUGCAGGGAAAGAUUGGCCCGCAUGUCUGCUUGGUCUUUGAGACUCUUGGACUGUCACUAGCCGAUAUUCGAGAACUGGCAGGCGGGAAACUGCCAGAAAAUCUUCUAAAGGGUUUGAUAUACGGGCUGCUACUGGGCAUUGAUUAUAUGCACUCUGUCGCACAUGUCGUCCAUACAGACAUACAGGACGGAAACAUUAUGCUCUCAAUUUCAGAUACGACAAUUCUCGAUGACCUUGUGAAUGAAGAAUGGAGACUUCCAAGCGCAAGGAAAAUUGCGGGUGAUCGGACGACCUAUGCGUCAACAGGCCUCGAAAUCCCAGACGACCCAGGCGACCCAGUCAUCUCAGACUUUGGCGAUGCGCAAUUCGGAAAUGAAGACUUUGAGGGCGAGGUGAUGCCGGACCUGUACCGCGCACCCGAGAUUAUCCUCGGCAUCCCCUGGGACGAAAAGAUUGACAUUUGGGCGUUGGGGCUAAUGGUGUGGGAUUUGUUCGAGGGGAAGCUCCUCUACAACACUCGACACCGCGACCGGAACGCAUCCCGAGCCGCGCACUUUGCGAGGACGGUCUCGUUGCUGGGCCCCCCGCCUGAUGACUUAUUGGACCGAGGGUCGUUGUGGAAAGACUUUUUCGACGAACAAGGUAGACUGAUUGUCGAUGGCGAGAUACCAGAGUCAUCGCUGGAGGAGGAAGAGUGCAACCUCGAGGGAGCCGAGCAAGCCGAGUUCUUGACCUUCCUCCGCAAGAUGCUCCAGUGGAGACCAGAAGACAGAUUAUCCGCCCGAGAGCUAAUGGAAGAUGCGUGGUUGUGUCGGCAAGACGGCUGA